AUGGAGUGCUUAUUAAUCUUGUGGACGCUCACCCCGUCGGCUCAAUCGUACGUGUCACCACACGCACACACACACUCACACGCAUCCGGACACUGUGUAUACAAUCCUCAGUCAGUCAGGCAAUCCGUUGUGUGUGCAUCCAUCAAUUGCUGCCAUCCUCCCCUCUGUCCCCUCUGCUCUCACUCUUGCCCCCACCACCCACACCCGCCCUCCCCUUGUAUGUGUGCUGCUGUUGUUGCUGCUGCUGUCGCUGGAGUGCCGUCCUCGCCUCGAGCAUGGUAGCCACGCUCAGUGGCGGCCGCCCGGUGAAGACCUGGGGGGUGGAUGAUGAGGGCGGCAGGGCGAUAUCGGGACGCGAGGGGCGGGAGGCUGACUGCGUCAUCAGCUCCAUUGUCACCGACCUGCACCGAAUAGACGCGGGUUGUCGUCUUGCAUGCAUAUGAUGGUUGCCAACUUACUGCAGCCUCUCCUGCAGUUUGCGUAUCUCAUCGUCCCGUAUCUGGACCAUCUGCUCCACCGCAUACUCCUGAGAGGGACACCCGUCCAACGUCCAUACUUGUGUGUGUAUGCCGUGGUCACCUGUGCCUCUAGGGCCGUCCACUCUGCGUCGAGAAUAUCAUCCCGAUCCGUCGCAUCUACGCGCCAACACACCGGCAGAGGGAGAGAAAGAGCAGGAGCGAAAUGUGUGUGUGAGGUUGUCUGUGGAUGAAUGGAUGUCCAUACGCACAUGUGAGUGAGGGGUCAUCUUCCAGCUGCCGCAUGGCCAGCUCCCGCUGCUCCACCUCUCGAUGCAUCGCCUCCAGGGAGCCAUACUCGCUCUCAAAACUCUGCAUGCAUCCGCACACCCAACACAGCAGCAAUGUGUCCCGGCAUCCAUCCGUCCAUCCAUUCAUAUCAGUACCUCAUUAUCCACCCGCAUCUUCUCUCUAUCGUCGGCUAUCUUGGCCUCCCACCUCUCCAGCUCCCUCCCCCACUCCUCCCGCUGCCCACGCCUCUCCAACACCUGACGCGCCACCUGCUCCUCACGCCCACCCAGCAAACGGCACUCACGCUCGUCAGCCAUCGCCUGACUCCUCCUCUCAUCAAUGUCAGCCUUCUUCGCACACAGAAUGGCCUCUCUCGGGGAAAUCUGCUCCUCCAGCCGCUUGGUCUGCUCAAGAAUGGCGCACAGCUCGGUUUCCAGCGCCGUGAUGUCAGCUUGGAUUGUGGUGACGAGAGCCUGAUGGUUGGAGAGGCUGGCUUUGGUGUCCUGCAGGGCAGCCGCCUCCUUGUCGACGGUGGACUGCAGGUCGGCGAUGGCCUGCCGGUCCUCGUCGAGGGCCUUGGCGGUAGCGGCGGUCUUGUCCAGCUGCUCGUGCAGGUGGAUCUCUUUCUCUUGCAGGCGGACCAGCUGACGCACACACAGCCAAAAGAACCAUAUGGAUGAAUGGAUGGAUGGACAGAUAGCUUGUAGAGCAGUGUGGCACAUACUUGCGAUUUGACUGCGUCCAUUCUGGCGGCCAUGUCCUCCUGGCGCCUCUUGUGCAUGGCGUCCGCCCGCUUGAGCAGCUCCUCCCUCGCAGCAAAGUCCGCCCGCAUGCCCUCAAACUCCUUCUGCUGCGCCGCCAAGGCCGCCUCCCUCUCCUCGGCCACACACACGGUGGUAUCCCUGGUGUGCUCCCGCUGCUCGACCACCGACAGACGCCCGUUCAGCUGCAUCGCCUCACGGAUCACCGCAGCGCGGUCACGCUCCACCUUGCGCAUCACGGCAGGCCGGCAGCGGCAGAACUUGGCCUUUGUGGCUUGGGAUUCCAGCGAUGCGGCCUUGGGCGCCUGCUGGUGCUGCUGGUGGUGGUGGGAGGGAUGCGUCAUGCUGUUUGCAGCAGCGGCAGGUUGCGAAGGAUGGGAUGGCGUGGGAAGGCGGA